AUGGUUAAGUCAAAGAAACGGAAGGUGGUUGAUACUUCAACCACCAUCAAAACGCCACGCUCGGUCAUUACAACCACCACCUCGUCAUCCAGCAGCAGCACCACCGCCACCACCUCGUCAUGCAGCAGCAGCACCACCACCACCACCACCACCACCAGCAGCAGCAGCAGCCUGAUCGCAUCCGACGGUGGCAACAUCGAGGAAGCGACAACAAUCGCUGAGAAGGAACAGCUGACCGACUCUCAGCGCAACAUUCACCGAUUUUGGCAGAACGUGCUGCGGGAGGUACAAUCAAUCGAUACCAUUGAGCCCCGCAAUCAAGUGUUGCCGUUGGCGCGCAUUAAGAAAAUCAUGAAACUGGACGAGAACGUGCAGAUGAUCUCCUCCGAAGCGCCGCUCCUGUUUGCGAAAGCGGUCGAAAUCUUUAUCCGGCAGAUCACGUUGCGGGCGUGGGAGCAAACCGAGAAGAACAAGCGGCGCACGUUACAGCGGAGCGAUAUCGCGAUGACCAUUACCAAGUACGAUCAGUUCGAUUUUCUUAUUGACAUUGUACCGCGAGAAGAGACGAAGGUGUACAGGAAGGAGUACGACACGAAAUGGUCGGAUGAUGAUGGUGGUGAGGGUGGUACACUGACCAUAGCCGCAGCCACCACCGAAAACGGUGCUGGUAACAGUAUUAGCACGAACGGUUCCGAAGACAUGCAGUACUUCUUUCAGCUGGCGCAGCAGUUAUCAGAAGAUAACGGCCAAGCGACGGUUAUUGGUGCGGGUGGCAGUCAUCGGCAGCUAGUGCAAACGACGGCAGCCACUACCACGCAACAGACCAAUAAUGAGACCUCGGGCGGGGAAACACAACCUGCAGCCGGUAGUGGCAGUGGAGGUACAUCCGGACCGACGCUUAGCAAACGGCAGCAGCAGCAACAACGACAACAACAACAAAAUCUAGCCACGCCGACCACGGUACAAACUGCAACUGAUCAGAGUAUAACCCUCGCGAAUGGUGGUACCGAUACUUCGGCUAGCGGUGUAGCAAAUGGAAGUACAACCACAGCGAAUCAGGUCGUAUCUACUAACCAAUCGCUUCAACUACUGCAACACGUAAUGACACCGAUCGGUGAAAUAACGCAGAUACCGUUGAAUUUUAUAGGCACGGCUGGAACCGGUGGUGGUGCAACGAACGCUGGGCAACCCAUCUUCAUACAGACGGCUCCGUCGCUGCAGACCGGUUCCACGAUAAUACACAUGGGACCGACCGGGGUCUUGCUGAGUGCGAAUCAGCUUCAGCAGUUGCAACAGCAGCAGCAACAGCAACCGUCGAAACAGCAAUCGUGCCAGCAACACCAAAGGGAUUAA